CUCCUCCUCCUCCUCCUCCUCCUCCACUGUCUUCACAACUGGAUUUUCUAGCUACGAUGUAUUCCUGAACUUCAGGGGUGAAGAUACUCGCAAUAACUUCACUUCCUUCCUUAACUUAGUUAUGAAAGUCAGAGGAAUCGAUGUGUUUAUUGAUAGUGAAAGGUUGUGGACUGGAGAAGCCAUUGGCCCAACUUUGCUUAGAGCAAUUGAGGGCUCCAAAAUCUCAAUCCCUGUCUUUUCUAAAGGUUAUGCACACAGCAAAUGGUGCCUGAUAGAACUUGCUCAGAUCCAUCAAUGCUACAUAUCCAAUGGUCAAGUGGUCUUGCCCAUUUUCUUAGAUGUUGAGCCAACAGAUGUUCGAAAUCAGACUGGAAGUUUUGAAGAAGCAUUUCGGGAGCAUGAGAAGAAUUUUGAUCCCCAAAUCGUAGAGAGUUGGAAGAAAGCUUUGAGAGAAAUAGGAAGUUUGAAAGGAGAAGUUAUUGACAAAAAUAAGAAUCAAGCAGAGAUAGUUGAAUUAGUUGUCAAAAGGGUUUUGGAUGUACUGGUCAGUAGCACAACCUUGGCUGAAUGUAAAUAUCCUAUUGGUAUAGAUUCUCGUGUACAAUGUCUCUUAUCUUUAUUAAGUAUCGAUUCCAAUGAUGUUCAAUUCAUAGGAAUAUGUGGUUAUAGUGGCAUUGGGAAGACAACCAUUGUUGAGGCUGUCUAUAAUCGCAUCCUUUCAACCUUCAAUAGGUAUAGUUUUAUAUUAGAUGUUAGCAAACAAGCAAUGCAAUGUAUGGGUCUUGUGUCUUUGCAAAAACGACUUCUUAAAGAUAUCUUCAAAAUAGACUCUGACAUUGGUCAUUUAGGUCAAGGGAAAAAUUUGAUAAAACACUGACUUUGCAAAGAAAAAGUUGUUCUUGUUCUUGAUGAUGUAGAUAGUAAAGAACAGGUAGAUGCUUUGGCCAGUGAACUCAAUUGGUUUGGUCCAGGAAGUAGGGUGAUAAUAACAACCAGAGAUGAACACAUCUUGAAUGUGGCUAAAGUUGAAAAAGAUAAAAUCUAUUGGCCUAAAGAGCUGGACCAUGAGGAAUCUCUUCAACUAUUUAGUUUACACGCCUUUUCAAUGGAUAAACCUCCUCAAGAUUAUAUACAACUGUCACAUGAUGUGGUACGCUAUUCGGAAGGGUCGCCUUCAACUCUAGAGGUGCUGGGGUCUUACCUAUCCAACAUAAGCAACAAAGAAGAAUGGAAAAAAGUACAUUGCGAAAAUUGAAAACAGGUAAAGCUUCUAUCUCCAGGCUUGCAUCUCUACGCAGACAGAGAAAGAAAACAUGUCAUUCCCCUAGUUGGAGCCCACUACUUCCUCAUGAAACCAUUGGAAACAUCAACACUUUUGCUAGGGUAUCUAAAUUACUAGGAGGAUUUUUGGAUCCAAAUGCCUCCACAACUUCUGAUAGAGUUGGUAAGUGGUUCAGAAUAAAACAAAUCCGAGCUGCAACAACGAAUUUUGAUGAAUCAUUGGUGAUUGGAGUUGGUAGCUUUGGCAUAGUUUACAAGGGUGUAAUCGAUGACCUCACUCUAGUAGCAUUCAAGCGUGCCAAUAUGUUAUCUAGAUCUGAACGAGGCCUGGCAGAAUUUGAGAAUGAGAUUAAGAUGCUAUCAAAGCUCAGGCAUAGACAUGUUGUUUCCAUGAUUGGGUUCUGCAAGGAAGAGAAUGAGAAGAUUUUGGUUUAUGAGUAUAUGGCAAAUGGGACUCUCAGGAAUCAUCUCUUUGGGAGUAAUCUCCCACCAUUGACAUGGAAGCAGAGACUAGAGAUAUGCAUAGGUACUGCAAGUGGGCUCGAUUACCUCCACACAUGGGCAGAGCUUGGUAUACUCCAUAGGGAUGUUAAGAGAUCCAACAUACUAUUGGAUGAGAAUUUUGUAGCAAAGAUUGCUGAUUUUGGAGUAUCAAAAACAGUUCAUUCAUUAGGUCAUGACCAGGUUAGUAAAAUGAUAAAGGGAACCUAUGGAUAUAUGGCUCCAGAAAACAUGCGAUGUGGGGAAUUGACUAAAAAAUGUGAUGUUUACUCUUUUGGGGUAAUACUGCUUGAGGUUGUUUGCGCGCGACCAAAUUUUGAUGGACGCUUGCCAGAAGAUGAGGUCAACCUUAAAGAAUGGGCACUCCGGUGGCAAAGACAGGGAUCACUUGAAUUCAUUGUGGACCAACGGCUUGAAGGGAAUUACUGUCCAAAAUCAUUGAAGAAAUUUGUGGAGAUUGCAGAGAAAUGCGUUGCUGAUGAGGGUAAGAAUCGACCCACAAUGGGGGAAGUAUUGCAGGAUUUGAAGUAUGUCUUGCAGCUGCAUGAAGCUUGGUUAAGAAACAAUGCUGGAAAAAAAUCGACUACUUCCUCAUCGGUUGGUACAAUUCGGUUUAAUGAUUCAAGAAUAGGAAUCGAGUUGGACUUGGUUAGAUAUGAUAUUUCCAUUGAGGAAGAAUAUUCCUCCACAUGCUUCUCAUUGGUUGAUACAGUUAACUGUGAUGAGUUCCCUGAUCUAGUUAAUGAACCUCAAGGUCGGUGA